AUGGCCGGUGGUGGUGGUGGUGGUGGUGGUGGUAGUUCAUUGACAGGUUUGCAAGAACAUGUGAAGUUGGCAAGAGAUUAUGCUCUUGAAGGUCUCUAUGAUACUUCUAUCAUCUUCUUUGAUGGUGCUGUUGCACAAAUCAACAGGCAUCUAAACAGUGUUGACGACCCUUUGAUUCGUGCAAAAUGGAUGAAUGUUAAGAAAGCUCUUUGUGAGGAAACUGAAGUUGUAAAGCAACUUGAUGCAGAUAAAAGGGCGUUUAAAGAUAAUCCUAUUGGAAGACGUCCUCCGUCGCCUCCGAUUUCUACUAAAUCUUCGUUUGUUUUUCAGCCGUUAGAUGAGUAUCCUACUUCAUCGAAUUCAUCUUUCGAUGAUCCGGAUGUGUGGAGGCCACCUAGUAGGGAUACUGGAAGUAGAAGACCUGGAAGGGGUGGUCAAGUGAGUAAUCGGAAAUCUCAACAAGAUAGUAAAUGGGCUCGAGGUGCUACUACAAAGACAGUUACCACUGGCCGUGGUGGUGCAAAGGCUGGUGGUGCUACUAGCAAAGUUAACUCAGGGGGCCGGACAUCAACUCCUGUAAAGAAAGGUGGUGCAUCGGGAAAGUCUAGCAAGACAGAUGCAGUUAAUGGUGAUGCUGAAGAAGGGAAGUCGAAUAAAGGACAAUAUGAAGGUCCUGACCCUGAAUUGGCUGAAAUGCUAGAAAGGGAUGUGUUAGAAACCUCUCCUGGAGUUAGAUGGGAUGAUGUUGCUGGUCUCACUGAAGCAAAAAGGCUUUUAGAAGAAGCUGUUGUGCUUCCCUUAUGGAUGCCUGAAUAUUUCCAGGGAAUUAGGAGACCUUGGAAAGGUGUCCUUAUGUUUGGUCCUCCGGGAACUGGAAAGACGCUUCUUGCUAAGGCAGUUGCUACUGAAUGUGGAACCACUUUCUUUAAUGUUUCUUCUGCUACUUUAGCUUCUAAAUGGCGCGGAGAAAGUGAGCGAAUGGUGCGGUGUUUGUUUGAUCUUGCAAGAGCUUAUGCACCAAGUACAAUUUUCAUUGACGAAAUCGAUUCUCUAUGUAAUGCUAGGGGGGCUUCUGGAGAGCAUGAAUCGUCUCGAAGGGUGAAAUCUGAACUUCUAGUUCAGGUUGAUGGUGUAAGCAACAGUGGUACAAAUGAAGAUGGUAGCAAGAAAAUAGUAAUGGUCUUGGCAGCUACUAACUUUCCAUGGGACAUAGAUGAAGCACUAAGGAGAAGGCUGGAAAAGAGAAUAUAUAUUCCUCUUCCAAAUUUCGAGAGUCGUAAAGAGUUGAUCCGGAUAAAUUUGAAGACUGUUGAGGUAGCCCCGGAUGUCAACAUAGAUGAUGUGGCUCGUCGAACUGAUGGCUAUAGUGGAGAUGAUUUAACAAACGUCUGUCGAGAUGCUUCCUUAAAUGGAAUGAGACGGAAGAUAGCAGGAAAGACACGCGAUGAAAUUAAGAGUAUGUCUAAGGAUGAUAUUUCAAAGGAUCCUGUUGCCAUGUGUGAUUUCGAAGAAGCUUUGGCAAAGGUCCAACGAAGUGUUUCUCCGGCAGAUAUUGAACGCCAUGAGAAGUGGUUUCACGAAUUUGGAUCAGCAUAA